AUGGUAAGUAUUGCAUCAGGUAUUAUCAUUGAUACUUUUGGACAAUUAAGAGAAGAUGAAAAUAAAAUGAAUAGUGAUAUAAAGGAUAAAUGUUUUAUUUGUGGUUAAGAGAAGUAAUUAUUUAUAAAUUAUAUAAUUUAGUAUAAUUUUUGAAAGAAGUUCUGAUGGCUCAUCUAGUGGAUUUAAAAAUCAUUUAAAAUAAAAUCAUUAUAUGUGGAAUUACUUAUAUUGUAAUAUUUAUAAUAUUAUUAAUUAGACAUUGCUUAUUUAUAAUGGAAAGAUUCAUAAUAUUUUUCAGGUAUAAAAUCAUAUGUGAAUAAGAAAAUAAAAGAUAAAGAUAUGAGUUGGAUUUCAUUUGGAAGAGCUAGAGAAUUAGUCAAAGGAGAGGAUGAAUAGGAAAAAUAAGCUAAAUAAAUGGAAUAAUCAUCUGUUAAUCUAGUAUAAUAGUUGACUCAUUCCAAUGAUAUAAUUUCAGCACUUAAAGAAAAGAAAGAAAAAAAGAAAUAACAUUUCCUUUAAUAAACUCAACCAACAUAACAUAAGGAGUAAAUUGGAUCACAAUAAUCAAUGGCUUUAUUAUGA